AAAGGACUUUGAAGACCAGAAUGGAGAUUUUUUUUUUGGUUUAGUUAAAUUGACUACUUUUUCUGUGCAGUUUAAUUUGGACGACGCACUCAACACAUUUUAUUUUACCGUUAUAUGUCUGGACUUUAUUACAGUCUAGACUUUAAGUUUAUAAGCACGGGCCUUUUUCUCUUCAGAAUAUCGGGUUCAUGACGUCAUUAACUUGUUACUGUCUACGCGUUUAUAACGCAAGCAUAGCGUCAUAUACAUUUCAACAUAGUGAGUUUUAAUUUCGACAGACUGGAGGCAAUCAUGGCUUUUUUAGCAUAUAAUUUCUCUCUGCCUCACGGUGGAAACAUUUGCAUUGGACACCUCAUUGUACCUACUAGACAACGUACACCGGUCACCAUGAUCACAAGCUCUCACAGCAUAUAGGAAAACAAAAGGAGAAGAAUUGAAGUAGUGUUUCUAUCGUUUACCACACGUAACACAGGACAUCAUCAACCACAAUGACCAACGCCAUGGAAAGUAAUUUCACGGAUCUCACUCUCAAAUUGGAACAACUCAACGAUAAAGCCACGUUCACUCUCCUUCCAGCAGUAGUAUUCCUCAUCGUCGUUGGCUUGGUUAGCUUUUACGGCAAUAUCCUUGUGUGUUAUAUUUUCAUAUUCCAGAUGAAAAGGGGAACUCAGAACUUUCUAGUAUCAACUCUGGGUGUCCUGAGUCUAAUCAGCACUCUGGUGGGUAUACCUGCGUCCAUAUACAGCGGGACACAUCGCUACACGUUCUACUCAUUAAUCGGCUGUAGGUGGGGACACUUUCUCAAUUUGCUCUUUCUUAUGGCCACCAUGUUCGUCCUGCUGAUCAUAGCCCUAGACAGAUACCUGAAGAUUUGCCGUCCAUUCAAAUGUCAACUCAAACUAAGACAGACACGGAUUGCCGUGGCAGUUGCGCUCUGUUUAGCGACUGCGUUCAGCCUGCCCAGGUAUUUCAUGUACGAGAUAAAGAGUGUAAAGAUGAUGGAACCCGGAGUGAUGGGAACAUACUGCUUGCACAUCGAGGACCUCACAAUCGUCGCCUUGUACCACGCGGGGAAAAUCGUCAUCUUCCUAUCCCUCAUAAUCGCCAUGACCUUCCUGUACGCUCGCAUUGCGUGGACAUCGAGGAAUCGCAAGAAUAUUAUCAAUUCUUUCGACGACAUAAAUCGAUCGGCGGCUUGCAAGCUACAAGAGCAAAAAGAGCUACGACCGUCGAAUUCUUUGCGACUACUAGCCGACAGGGCGACCGUCAUAGGGCUGAUAGUGACGGUCGUGUUCGUGGUCAGCUUCCUGCCCUACAUUGCCAUCAGAAUAGUGAUCACUGUUGACGUGCACUUCCCAGUUUCCUUGACAGGGACGUCCCUUGUGGUGUAUGACCUAUUCGAUUGCACGUACUUUAUAAACACAGCUGCGAACCCCAUCAUAUAUGGAGUGUUGAACACUCACUUCCGCCAGGAGGUCCUCAAACUGAUGUCCAGGUGCAGGGGUCAAACUGAACGGGUAGGUCAGUACUCUCCAGGCAGCAGUGACUAGUCUAGAGGUCACCCCGAACGGGUAGGUCAGUACUCUCCAGGCAGCAGUGACUAGGUCUAGGGGUCACACCGAACAGGUAGGUCAGUAAUCUUCGGGCAGCAGUGACCAGCAUUGACUGUUGCGGGACCUUUCGUUCGAAAAACAGUAAGAAUAACACAGAGUUGAAGGUCUCCGGCGCAAAAGACGAUAAAUGGCUAUCUCAAUAAAAACGUAUUGUGGAAACGUUAACAAGCAUUGGCUUACAAUGUCAUAUUUAGAACUAUUAGUUGUGUGUGUGUUUACUUUUUAUUUGUUUUACGUAUGUAUGUACGCAUGUAUGUAUGUAUGUAUGCAUGUAUGUAGGCCUAUGUAUGUAUGUAUGUAUUUAUGUAUUAUUUAAAGUGCAAUCAAUUAUAUAAAAGUUGUGUGCCACCGAAGUUGUAAUUUCAUUGCAAAAAUAAGAACAUUAGGACCCCACAAAACACGCACACACGCAAACAUCGUAAGUUUACGUUUAAUGUUGGCCAUAAUAGUUUAAUGUGAUAAUUUGGAAUCUUAUUAUACGCAGACACUUACGCCAUUACGAAGCACAGAUCAUAGUUAGGACGAAAGAAAAUAAUUUGUAUUUUAAAAAUGUAUUAUCUGUACUGUUUCUACUUACAUAAUUAGCUUUUCUAUCGGAAAUUUAAGUUUACUUGCAAACCUAGACUUACGACGUUUUGUGAAAUUGGUCCCAGAUCUUCCACAAAAGUCGCUAUGCGCUUUCACCAGUGACCAGGGACCGCUCAUUUUGGGCUGCAAAUUUUGACAAAAUGACUUGACCCACACGAAAAAACUUUUAUUACAACUUGUAUUCCACCACCAGGAGCAAAUGCAUGGUCAUUUGCAGGGGUGGGUGUGUGUGUGGUUGUGGGU